AUGUCCAGUUCAUCUCCACAGGUACUUGCAGACUAUUUGAUCCUUUCCUUACCGCAAUCGGCCCGUGCCAAGGAGUGGUUAGAGCAAUCUUUAAACAGCGGGAAGCAGCCACUCUACAAGCUCGAUGUGCCCGAUUUCCAAAGUGGGACGUUGGACUCAUUGGUUCAGGAAAGUGAAGAUUUGAGCAAAAUCGACCAGCAAUUGGGCUCCGCAGUUAGCAAAGUCAUUGAAAUCCUCGCCUCUGUGAGCGAGUCCAAAAACAACUCGCGCAUAGUCCAGUCUAGAUCCAUAUUUGAUUUUGUCCAGAAUUUCCACUGGAACACUUCCAAGUACCGUUUAGACAAGCCCAUCAACCAUUUAGUCAAGGUCAUAUCAAGCGAAGCCAUAACUUUGGAUAACGACGUUCGAUCAAGCUACCAAAACUACCAAGCUGCCAAGUCCAAUUUCCUAGCAGCCGAUAGGAAAAGGAACGGCGACUUGUCCAUCAAGUCUCUACAUGAGAUUGUCAAGCCCGAGCAGUUUGUGUUGGACUCGGAGAACUUGGUGACGGUUUUGAUUGCCGUUCCAAACAAUUUGGUCUCGGAGUUCAAGAACAAGUACGAGACACUCACCCAGUUUGUGAUACCCAGGUCCGCGGAGGUGAUUGCCAAAGACUCAGAAUUCACCUUGUUUACGGUGACGCUUUUCAAAAAAUUCCAGCAGGAGUUUAUCAACAGUGCACGUGAGCAAAAAUGGCACCCACGUACAGAUUUCUCCUACAGCGAAGAGACACUUAACGAUUUAAGAAAAGAGUUUGACGUUACAAAAGCCACGGAACUGAAGCAGAAAAACGAGCUCGUUAGGUUGGGCAAGACGGCGUAUCUGGACAUUGUCGCAUGCUGGUUCCACAUAAAAGUCAUCAGGGUCUACGUGGAGGCUGUGUUGAGAUACGGCUUGCCACCGCAGUUUGACAACUACUUGAUCAAGUUUGAAGGCAGCAACUUCAAAAGCGUUGGCAAGGCCAAAAAGGAAUUGAUUGAGAAGUUUGGAUACUUGGGUGGUGAUGGCUACACUUCCGUCAACUCGAAUUUGCAUGAAUACGCGUCCUUGGUUGACUCUGAGUACGAGCCUUUUGUUUUAUAUGACUUUGAGGUUGUUUAA